AUGUUCCAACGGUUAAAGGAAUUCUACAAGGAACAUGGGCAUUCGAUUGUCCCGCCGGAUUAUCACGACAAGGAACUCUACAAGUGGUCACGCAACGUUCGACGAAAUUAUCAGAUUCAAUUCACACAAAGGGUCCGACAAAAAAAGGCCGCACAACCAACAUCAUCUGCUGACGUGACGGCCAAACGACGACCGCGACUCUCCGAGUCCAAAGGCAAACUGUUGGCAAGCGUCGACUUUUGUUGGGAUUUGCAGAAUGCCACUUGGGAAUUACAGUACCAAGAAUUGGUAGACUUUUUGGAGAAACACGGCCACGAACCCGUGCAUUCAGAAAAUCCAAGCCUCACCGUGUGGCUCAGCAAUCAACGCCGCGAGUAUCGAUUUUGGGUGCAAGAUUUGCCCACCAAUUUGACACCCGAACGAUUGGAAAAGUUUCAAGAAUUGGGCGUCUUUGACGACUACCGAACGCAGCAGGAAGCAUGGGCGCAGUAUUAUCAGUAUCUCGUGGAAUAUCAUCAACGAUUUGGAAAUGCUCACGUCCCGCAGAAUUAUCAACAUUCCGUCGUCAUCAAAGUGAUUAAUGGUGACGGUGGCGAUUUGGUCCAACGACAUACCACCUUUGCACUGGGAAAGUGGUGUAUGAACCAGAGAACAGCUCGUCGGCAUUGGGAUGAAUUGCACGGAAAAGAUAAUGGUGGUGGUGGUGAUGACCACAAUGAUUAUGAAAGAAAUGCGGCAAAUCAUACAAAGCAAAAAGGGAGUGGCAGUGACGAGAAGUCAACAACAAACAUUAGAUUCAUCACGGCGGAAAGAAUACGCCUCCUGGAUGCACUCGACUUUUCCUGGAAUCUCAAGGAAACGCAAUGGCAAAUCAUGCUCAACCGCCUGCAAGAGUACUUUCAACGGCACGGACACUUGAAAAUACCCACCAGCGAUUAUGCCAAUCGAGACUUGCGAAAAUGGUUGAUCAACCAACGGCAUCAUUAUCAUAUACAACGACGACGACCCCCCGAGUCCUCGCCCAUGACUCCUUUCAAAAUUUCGUCCAUGGAAGAGGCCAUCCCCAACUUCUCCUGGAAAUAUUACAAUAGCUCGGGGCCCACAGUACAGGAUUGGUCCAAUCUGUUUUCUGCCAUUCGAGACAAGGGAAUUGCACCCGGCAUGAGGCCCAAACAGCAUUGGUUUGAAGGUGAAAAUCCCUUUGCCGUCGAGGUCAAGAGUGACUGGACCGAAGAGGAAUUGAUUGACCUGUGGAAUCAAGAAGAGGACGAAGAAGAUGAUGACGACGAUGACUUUGGUAAGAUUGCAGACGGCUCCUUCACCACCAGUGUGAGCUCGAGCGAGAAUGAACAUGGCGGUGUGAGUUACAAUUACUACGUCGACAUGGACGACAACGAGGACAACUACCACCAGCGGUACGAUGCUCGAUCGGAACGCCGAGUAGCAAUGCAGAGAUGGUCCGACCCCAACCAGCAGAAUCGUGAAGAUGGUGACUCAUACAAGUCGAUACGAUCUUUUAGAAGACGGUAG